AUGCGGGUGCUGGUCGCCUUGCUGGCCCUAAUGGGCUUGGCCCAUGCCAGCAGCUGCAAGAAUUCGCUGUACGUUCGAUGGCCGGGGGUACGGCUCAACUUCCGGGCAGUCGCUUCCGGGAAGCUAUCUUUAAAGGCAUGCCAAAGCGCUUGCUCGUUGGGAGAAGAUCCGGUGAUGGCAGGCAAAUCCCUCGAAUGUGCCGCGCUCAACCAUCAGACCUCUGUCGAUAACUUUAACCACCAUUGUGACGUUUUCCAGCCCCACCAACUCCAAAAUGUCGAUGGGUUCGUUGAGGCGGACGAUCGGUACUCGUUCUACUGGCGUUAUUGUGUGGAUUCCCACAAGCAGUGCGGCAAUGACCACGCCUUCACCUUCAUGUCUGAUCGAUACAUGGAAGCGACAGAGGUAAUCGAAGUGCGACACACAAGCAGCCUGGAGGACUGUCUGGCCGAGUGUUUGAACGAGGAAAAGUUCCCGUGCCGCUCGCUGUCAUUCAACCGAACCGACGGUGGUUGCCACAUGUCGGCCAACAACCAGUUGACCAAGCCGAAGGCUAUCCGCCUAAACAACAACCCCAACUACCGUAUCGAUUACUACGAAAACAACUGCUAUAAUUUAACGGACAGCUAUAAGUUUGAGUACAAAUGCCAAGACGACGGCGUUCUCGUGACGAUCGACAGCAAGUUCCCGUACACCGGGGCUCUAUAUGGACUCUACGAUUUCUUUACUUGCCGAAUUGAGCCGAAGGAGCAGACCCGGUUCGAGUACUUCUUCCCCUCGCCCACCAAGAGCAAGCGGUGCAGCGACAGUAUACGGUAUAAGGGCAACGACAUGGUGCUGGACGUGACCUACCACCACUACAACCACGACCUCGACGAGUACAACUACUACCACGACAACCAGACCAACCAGUCGAGCAUCUACUGCCACGACGACCACUGCGACAAAUAUGACUGGGAGAAAGAGCCGCUUCCCAUCAUCCGCGAUGGAUGCCCCUCAGAUUUGGUUGGACUCGCCUGCCCGCCCGCAUCUACCGAUCACGGCAUGAUGGUCUCAAUCGAAGCCUUCCGCUACCAGACGACUGCCCACGUACAGUACACCUGUCUCGUGAGGGUGUGCCCAUUUGCCGAAUGCCCGCAGACGGAAUGCCCGCAUGUUGAUGGCUGUGAUGUGGGGCCCUUCUCGAAGGGGAGGGCCAAGCGGGGGUUGACCCUGGAUGAUAUCAGAAGGGCACUAGAAGCAGACCCAAAUCUACAACGCCAAAUUGGGCUAUCGUCUAUGCUGGGAAGGACACCCGCCAUUAAUACUGAGCAACAACUUCUCGCCCUGGCUGGUGAUCACGUGGUGAAGCGUCGACUGGUCGUCGUCAAUUCGGAGGAUCAGCUACGAUACUACGUCCGGACCGGGCAGAUGCCA